UUUUAUUAGAUUGAUGUUAAUGAGGAAAGGAAGUGUUUCAUUAAAUUGAAAAAAGACUUGACCGUAUUUCUAGCGAUUUGUUUAUCGGCGGAUGCACAUACACUCGUAUCACCAGCUGUGCACUCCGCUGAGCCUCGUGUUUCCCGCCAUACUUUUUCAACCAAACGAAACGCAGAAAAGUUCUACAGCUGGUGUGCCUGGUCGUACUUUUUAAGGUCCGUAUUCACGGAACGUGGAAAAGAAAUAUCGGAUUAUCAAAUAGACUAUUAUUGAAAACGGAAAUUAUACCAAAUGGAUCUACAUAACUCAUUGACAAGUCAAAGCAUGACUCAAACUGUCAGAAUGGUUACAAAUUCUCAACCGGGCUCCAUGCCCAUGAGUCACGUUUUAAGUGGAUAUUCUACAAUUGACAAUAAUCAACUUCAUCAACCCACCCCAGGAUUGGUUACGACAUUUCUACCUGCACAAACUAUUCCAAGCUGUGACAAUAACAAUGCUGCUGUUGCAGUUCCAGUCACAUCAGAUGGCACAAUGCGGCCAAUGAGUCACCUUAUUCUUCAAUCACCAAAAAUUGAGCAAGGACAGAGAGACCAAGAAAGAAGAAUAAGAAGGGAGAUUGCAAACAGCAAUGAAAGAAGGAGAAUGCAAAGUAUAAACGCUGGUUUCAAAUCCCUUAAAACUAUUCUUCCACACACAGAGGGAGAGAAAUUAAGCAAGGCUGCGAUAUUGCAACAAACUUCAGAAUACAUCACACAACUUGAAUCUGAUAAGUUAAAGUUGAUUCAUCAAAAUGAAAAACUCAGGCGUGCAUUCACAGAAUGUAAAUGUCAUGCAUCGAAGUUUCGAACUAUUGGAGAUAUUUUUGAUAAGGAUGAAGGAAUUGGUAGUCCGGCAGAAGAAGACUGUGAAGAUAUGAGACGGGUACUCAUUGAAGUGAAACAACAGCUCGAUAAGGAAAGAAGAACGCGGCUGUUAUAUGAGGAACAGAUUCGCAAUCUGGAAAGCCAACUUUAUCCUGAUCGAAUUCAGGCAAUGAAGUUAUCAAGUAGUGACGAACGAAGAAGUUCAUCAGAGUACAGCCCGGGAUUGAUACUUCCUGCCAAGCAAAAUAACAACAGCAACAAACUUCAGCCUUGUGCUCGCCCAUUGCUACCAUCUCAACCGCAGUUAACAAAUAAAACUGAACCUAAUGACAUUUUAACAUUACCACAUGUCUCCGCCAGCCAAGUGACAUCUAUGUCAAUAUUAACCACCCCGACCAGUAUUUUACAACAACAUGAACACCCACCUACAAUAGAUAUACACCCACCUACAAUAGAUGUACAGUGCCAUCAACCACAAAUGAGUAACAGCAAAUUCAGAAAAGUAUCGCGGGAUAGUGAUACAAAAGGGUUGACCUCUCCUCCAAUGUCUGAACAUUCUAUCACUAUUUUCUCUCACUCAACGAAGUCGAAUCAGCCUUUGAAAAAACGUGCUAUCGAAAUUCAUCAAAGCUUUGUAGAGGCGAGUAAUGAUCCAGUAUCCCUGCAACCAGAAAGGAAAGUAGCGAAAAUAACAAUCGACCAGCCUCCUGAUAUUGGAACAAGAGAUUUUUUGCCACCGACUCUUCCACCAAUUUCUGUUGAUAACAAUAUACAAUCACCGUCUAUACUAGGAACGCCGCCCACGUCACACCCAAGUACUGCUGCUGCUCUCCAGUUUCAUCAACCAAACUCUGUGAUGUCUACACACGCAGUGUCACUAUCAAAUCACUCUGACGAAAUUUUAUCAAGUAAAGUAAAAACGACAUCAAAUUUGCCCCAUGGUAUAGUGGAAAAAGCAAAAUCAUACCUAGCAGGGUUAAGUGGUUUGCAAACUUCCCGAUCGCCUGUAAGUACCCAUUCUGAUAUGAUAAUUCCAGUCGUCUCGCACAAUGUAAGUAUGUCACAUUCAUCAAACGAAACAGUUAAGACACAUCUAGUCUCCAGUCAGAUUCCCGAGAUUAGGGAGGUUCAUGCUCCACAGAGAGAAAACCAUCAUUCACACCCUACUGGAUUUCCCAUGUACUUUGCUGUCGGAUCACAAAGUCAUAGCAACAGUACAAACAUUGCCUAUGUACAGCAAGAUGGGGUGUCUCCAAAACUAGGGUGCGUCCAACUUGCGCCUUCUUACAACCGGUCCCACUUUAUUGUGGCACCAGUUAGCAACCAGGGUCCUGGUGUACUGGUUACCAAUCCCAUGCAAGAUCAAGUGAUGUCUGUACCAACGACGGUGCUACCAGGCCUGCAGGUGGUUAACCAGCCAUUCACCAAUUCUCCUGUGCUCCUACCAAACAUUCCUUCAAAUUCGGUAUCGUUUCAACCAAGCCCUUCACAACCAUCCUUACCAUUGCCUAUGCUUCCUGUACUUUCUCAGUCAAUUACGAUUCAGCCAACACCUUCGGUUCUGCAUUCUACGAAUCUGCCCAAGUUUCAAAACACUUUGAAAAAGAUACCGAACUCAUCCAGGGAACAACAAACUACAACACAAACCUUACUUUGCUAUGGACAACCUGAAAUAACACUCAAUCAAUUGAACGCAGUUCCUAACUUGCUCGCUCCUCCACGUGGAUUGCAUCAACCGAUUCUGCUGCCUGUAAGUUCGUCACUUGUGCAACAAAUUGGUUCGAAUUCGCCAUCGUAUGGAAGUCCAGCGAUGCCAGAAGCUGUUCUACCUACAAGGCCAGCUACAUUUUUGAAUUCUUCGGUCAUGAGAUGCAGAAAGUCAUCCCUGAGUGCAACAGACAGCUGCAGCACAGCUAGUGCCAGUGGCGCAGAGGAAGAGGAAAUUCGAAACCCACUGCUUGAGGAUCCAGAUAGUCAGUCAGGAGAAAAUGUACCAACGAUAAAGUUGUCGAAUUCAAAGCCCGCUAAAGAAGAAAGUCCCUCGAAAUCUCAAACAACGGAAGGGGUUGCUGCAUAUGACGAGGUCCCACACAAUUCAUCUGGUACACCAGAAAAAAUCUCUGCUCCGCAAGGUAUCGAUGUUUCCGACUCGAAUUCUCCUGCAAAACAAUCAACUGUAUCAGUUCCGUCUGUUGUGGCUGGUUCUCCACCUGUAAUACGGCGAAUUGAUGCUAUUCAGACAAGACGAAAUUUAGAAACAAUUGUUCAGGCGAUUGAUCAUCUCGAGCAGCAAGAACGCAGAAACUCGCAAGAUAGAUGUGAAGUACCUAACGAAGCAUCAUCAACAUCGACACAGAAAAAAUCUUAGCAGAAAGUGUCUGCAAAGAUAUAUAUUUAUAUGUUCCAUUGCUUUGUUCCGAGACGUCGCGGAAAGGGAGAAAUUCAAGUUUUCUUAAAGUUGCCAUUCGCCUGUAAUGGGAUGGACCGAUUGGUAACAUGUUGGCUUUACGCCAUAGGUGCUGCUUCUAUAUUGUUGAAAUAUUUGAGACAUCGACUAAUACAUUUCUUUCGAGCCCACAAUGUGAGACGGCUUCAUUCACCGUGGAGUCUUCUGUGAAGAAAACUGUAAUAAAAAUGCUGCUCGCGAUGGAGACUACUUUUUGACAUUUGUAUUAUUUUUUUACAACCUUGUGCCGCUGUAUUUCGCAGUCAAAGUUUGACAUUUUUCAUCUAAUAAAGUUCAUCUUCGAUUUCUUUUUUGGUGAUUUUCUUUUUCCUUUUCUUUAUUUCUUUUUUUCGAUUCUGCCGUUGCACCACUGGCGCUCUCUAAAUAGACGUUGAAAGUUUGAAAAACUUCGAAAGUUCAUUUUUUUUGUGAUCGUAGUGUUCGUACAAUACAUGUAUAUUUAUCUUCAUAAAUAAAGUCAGAAAUCAAAUUA